AUGAUUCCUAUUUUGGAAGAUUUCUUUCCCUCGACAACUGAGGAACCACAAGGAGAAGAUGAACAACCAACCACAAACCCACAAUUUGAUGACUUAUUUGAGGAAAUUGAAGCUGAAUUGUAUUCCGGUUGUGAUUGGAUUUCAUCUCUUAACUUUUUAGCAAAGCUAUUGCAUUUAAAAGUUAGGGGAAAAAUUCCUAAUAACAUCUUUGAAGAAUUAUUGAAGCUUUUAAAGUUUGCGUUUCCGAAGGAAAAUAAUAUUCCAUCAACUUACUACGAGGCAAAAAAGAGAUUGAAGAAAUUAGGCUUGGGUUAUGAUAAUAUCGAUGUCUGUUUGUAUAAUUGUUGCUUAUUUUAUAAGGAGAAUGCAUCCAAGGAGGCUUGUCCAGUUUGCGGAACUAGUCGUUGGGUUACUUCCGAGAACGGGAAAGGAAAAAAAGUUCCUUGCAAAGUCAUGCGAUACUUUCCGUUGACACCUCGACUUAAAAGAUUAUAUAGUUCGAGGAUUACAGCGAAAAGCAUGAUAUGGCAUCAUACUGGAAAAUCAAAAGAUGAUGGGGUGUUGCGACAUCCGGUCGAUGGUUUAGCUUGGAAAGACUUUGAUGCAAAACAUCCCGAGUUUGCAAGGGACCCAAGAAAUGUUCGACUUGGGUUAGCUACUGAUGGAUUUAAUCCAUUUGGCAACAUGAGUCUUGCAUACAGCAUGUGGCCAGUGGUGUUGGCUAACUAUAAUCUACCACCUUGGUUAUGUAUGAAAGAUAAUUAUUUCUUGCUAUCUACCCUAAUUCCUGGUGCAAAAUCUCCAGGUAAAGACAUGGAUAUAUUUUUAAGACCUUUGGUGGAUGAAUUAAAGGAGUUGUGGAAUAAUGGGGUAGCAACGAGAGAUAGUUCGACCAACUCAAUGUUCACCAUGCGUGCUGCGCUUUUGUGGACAGUGAAUGAUUUUCCUGCUCGUAGUAGCUUGUCUGGGUGGAGUGGUCAAGGUUAUAAAGCUUGCCCUACUUGUAAUGAAGACGCGACGUCCAUUCGAGUGAUCGGGAAGACAUCAUAUGUUGGUCAUCGAAGGUUCUUGCCAAGUAACCAUGCAAUGAGAAGGGAUACUCGAUUUGAUGGUAAAGUUGAAAGAAGACCUCCUCCAAGACGAUUUACUUGUGAAGAAAUAUUAUCACAAGUUAAUGCUCUCGAACCCCAAAUUCCCGGACAUCAUGAAAAUUUUGGGGGCGUGAAACGUAGAAGAGUUGCAAAAAAUUAUAAUUGGAGGAAAAAAAGUAUUUUCUACGAGUUGGAGUAUUGGAGCACGAAUAUUUUAAAACACAACAUUGAUGUCAUGCAUGUUGAGAAGAAUGUGUGUGAUAGUCUCCUAGGAACCAUCUUGGAUAAUGAUAAAUCAAAGGACACAACCAAUGCGCGCCAUGAUUUAAAGAAGAUGGGUAUUAGGGAAUCGUUGUGGAUUUAUGAAGAUGUGAAUGGGAGGCUAAUGAAACCGCAUGCUCCUUAUGUUUUGACUCGUGAGAAAAGACAACUUUUUUGUCAGUUUGUUAAAGGAAUAAAGUUUCCCGAUGGCUUCUGUUCAAAUUUAAAGAGCAAAGUUUCUCCAGAUGAGUCUAACAUUAUUGGGUUAAAAUCCCACGAUUGUCAUGUCAUUAUGCAGCGAGUACUAGCGGUUGGUGUCCGUAAAUUUCUACCUCGUGACACUUUGCAACAACUAUUACUCGAGUUUGUGUAA